AUGGCAGAAUCAACAAAGCCACCCAAGACGUCUAGGACGCCCGAGGAGAAGGCAGCGCGAGAGGCGCGAAAAGCCAGCAAAAAAUCAGCCGCUGUGGUCGAUAAUGAGGCCGGACCGAGCGGAUCCACCGCGGCCCCAGUGGACAAACAGCCCAAGGGCGUCAACGCGGAAGACUACGAGAUCGACCUGGCAGCGCCGGAACCACUCUCCAAGGCCGAGCUUCGAGCCGCUAAGCGCGCGGCGAAGCGGGGCGACGUACCGCCCGCGGAGGGGGAGAAGCCAAAGAAGAGAAAGCGCCUGCCCGAGUUUGACCCGAAUGAGGCGGACGAGGAGGAGAAGCCGAAAGGCGGUGUGGCGGACGGCGCGGGCCGGGAGGUCAAGAAGCAGAAUUCGGUUUGGGUAGGGAAUCUGGCGUUCAAGACGACACCGCAGAGCCUGAGGGAGUGGUUUGAGCGGAAAUUGGAGGAGGCGGGCGCGGGGGGUGAGGGGAGCGUCACGAGGGUGAAUCUGCCGAAGAAGGCCGGGAAGGGUGGCUUUGGGGAGAGCAAGGGGUUUGCCUACGUCGACCUCGCCACGCCGGAGGUGCAGAAGCUCGCCGUUGGCCUGUCGGAGGGCAUGUUGGAAGGACGAAAGCUGCUCAUCAAGCUGGGAAAUGAUCACACCGCUUCCGAAUCCGCACGUACCCCCAAACCUGCCAAAUCCCUUCUGACCAACCCCAUCCUUCGCAAUCAGCCCAAUCCCGAAGGGCCCACUCUCUUUGUCGGUAAUCUGCCGUUUGACGCAACGGAGGAGAAGCUCCGGGAUCACCUCGAGGGGAAUGCAGCAGCGCUGAGGGCGGCAGCCGAGAAGGAAGGAGAGGUAGAUGAGAAGAAGGCUGCGAAGCGCGAGAAGUGGUUGAAGAAGCAGGCAGUGAAGGCGGAGGCUGAAGCAGCUGGAGGCGUCAAGAAUGAAGAAGAGGACGACGAGGCGGAGAGUGAUGAUGAGGCAGAAGGGGACACCGAGGACGCUGCGGAGGAGCUGGAUGAGGAGACCAAGGCGGAGCAGGCGUAUCGAGGUGGACGGAAGAGUGGGCUGAGAAAGGUCCGGCUGGGUGCAUUCGAGGACACGGGGAGAUGUAAAGGCUUCGCCUUCCUUGACUUCCUUGACCCAAAAUUCGCCACAGCUGCCUUGUCAAAUAAAAAGAACCACUGGUUUGAGAACCGGAAGCUCAUCCUCCAAUACGCCUCAGACUCAGCUACCAAGCGAGCUGGAGGAAAGGGGUCCCGGCCCGUGCGUGCCGCCGGCGGGGACGACUACAAGGGCGGCCUGAAACGUCCUCGGCAAUCAUACGACCGAAAGGACCGAGACGCAGGAGGCGACGCCGAUGUCGACGCCGACGUGGGCGCAUACCUCCCCAAAGACGCCUCGGCGAUCGCGCGCGACGUGCUCCGGAAUGUCGGCGGUGGUGGGCAUGAUGAGGGCGAGGGUGAGGGGUACGGAGGGUAUCAAGGCGGCGGCGGCGGCGGGAAGAAGAGGGAGGAUGUACGCGGGAAGAAGUGGCAGGCUGCCGGAAGACCAAGACCGGGCGCGGCGCUCGCUAUGGCCAAGAGGGAGAAGGUGGGGAUUGUGCCUGGGGAGGGGAAGAAGAUCAGCUUCGAUUAG